GGUGAAAAGAAGCUGAGCCGGAUGGCGACGCUCUCCAUUUGCUAGUCCAUCUUUGUCCCAACCCUCACCUAUGGUCACGGUGUCGGGGUAGUGUCGGAAAGAAAGACGUCACAGAUAGAAGCAGCGAAGGUGAGAUUCCCCUGUAGAGAGCCUAAGGUCAGCCUGAGAGACAGGGGGAAGAGCUUGGAGUAGAGUCGGUGCUACUCUGCGUCAAAUGGAGCCGGCCCAUGUGGUUUGGGCAUCUGAUCAGGAUUCCUCCUCGGCCCCUUUCUUUGCGGUUUUCUGGGCACGUCCAACUGGGAGCAGACCCCGAGACGAGACCAGAAUUCAGUGGCAGAAUUCCAUCUCCCAUCUGGCCUGGUAACAACCUGUGAUCCCCCAGGACCCAAUGGAAAGUGUUGUUGGGCAAAGGAACGUCUGGAAUGACCUGCGUAGCCUGCUGCCAGUGCAACUCGGCUCUGGAUGUCAGUGUUGUGUGCUUUACAUUUCGUACACUGAUCCAAUCAUGUUACUUGACACAAAGUGUGGAUCAACAGAUGUUGGUGGUACAGUCCCAUCAGUCCCUGCUCUACUUUGCAGUUCAUGGUGUUUGAAAAUGUUGCUAUGCUAAUAUGCUAAAACUCCAGUUGAGUAGGUUGAAGACGAUGGACCAGUGAAAGAUUUGAUGCUUCCAUUGUGAUGGUGUUAGCAUGCCAACGCACAUAAUUCUGACUUUUAGGUAAAUAAAUGUGAUGAUUGCAUUUCAGUGAGUGCCUGUGUUUGUAUGUUUGUCUGUUGCUACAGAAACGUAAAAGCAAGCAUGGAGAGAGACGUGUGAACUGUAAGGAGGAAGACAAAGGCUCCCCAACAACAGCAAACAGCAACGAAUGGUUCAGUUGUGAGCAAUGUGGCAAGAGUUUUAUGACAGUAACAAGGCUAAAAAUUCACCAACAUAGUCACACUGAGGAAAAACCAUACAGCUGUGACCAGUGUGAGAUGACUUUUAUUGACAAGACUAAGUUAACAAGACAUCAACUCAUCCACAGUGGACUUAAGCCAUUCAGCUGUGACCAGUGUGGGAAGGCUUUUAGUCAGAUUGGUGAUUUAACAAGACAUCAACUCAUCCACAGUGGAGUUAGACCAUUCAGCUGUGACCAGUGUGGGAAGACUUUUACUCGGAUGAUUUACCUAAAAACCCAUCAAUUUACCCACAGUGCAGUGAAACCCUUCAGCUGUGAUCAGUGUGGGGCGACUUUUAUUGACAAGCGUACAUUAACAAGACAUCAAGUCGUCCACAGUGGAGUUAAGCCAUUCAGCUGUGAUCAGUGCGGGAAGAGUUUUACUCAGAAAAUUCAUUUAAAAACCCAUCAACUCAUCCACAGUGGAGUUCGACCAUUCAGCUGUGACCAGUGUGGCAAGACUUAUACUCGGAUGUGUCAUUUGAAAGACCAUCAACUUACUCACAGCAAAGGUAAACCAUUCAGCUGUGAUCAGUGUGGGAAGAGUUUUACUCUGAAAACUAAUUUGAAAGCCCAUCAACUUACCCACAGUGAAGGUAAACCAUUCAACUGUGAUAAGUGUGUGAAAACCUUUGGUGAAUAUGAACUGUUGAUCCAUCAAUGCCCCCACUCUGGAAGGAAGCUGUACCACUGUGACGUUUGUGGAAAAGUCUUCAAACACCAACACAGCCUAAAAUAUCAUGAGCGCAUCCACACUGGACAUGAUGCUUAUGUAUGUGAUCACUGUGGCAAACUAUUUGCUCAGUAUAAAGAAUUAAAAUGCCAUGAGGUUACGCACACUGGAGUGAAACCGUACCAUUGUGACCAAUGUGGGAAAGGCUUCAAUGCCACUGGCACCCUAAAGGCUCACCAACAUACCCACACUGGGGAGAGACCAUACGGAUGUGACAAAUGUAGUAAGAGGUAUACAAGUUCACAUUCCCUGAAAAAACACCAACGGAUCCACACCAGAAAGCGGCGCCACAGCGAGGUAUGUAAAGACUGGUGUCAGUGACGCUGUACACAUUAUUCUACAUUUGGAUAUUUCACUGUGCAUUGAAAUUUAGUGUCAGACUGUUUAGAAUAACUGUGGUCAGUCUGAUGAACACAUUAUGAGCUGUCGUU